AUGAGUGGAAAUGGAAGGAACUAUCCUCAAAUAGACAUUUCCCAAAAACCAAAAGAUGGGAGUAUAGCAAUCUAUAGCGGUGGAGGUGACAUUACCUUUACGGUCACCAAGGGCACUAUCAAUGUACCAGAAGGUUUUACAAAGUACAUCCAUAAACCUAAUAACCCAAAAAUUACACUAAAUGGUAAACUAGAGAAUAAAAGUCAGAUAGGAACAGCAGGAAGAUCCAUAUCCAAUGUUACGGAGGUUUUGGUUUACCACUGGAAUGGAGCUCCUACUGAGCCGAUACUUCUCAGAAUUAAGCAUGAUAACAAGAACAUCCCUGAGUACUAUGGUAAACAUGGUCAAAACUAUUGGUUUCCUAGUCUGGUAUCUGGUAUGGACGAAAAGGAGGCACUUGAUCAACAAAACUGUUACAAUAAUAAUGCCAUCCCAUUCAACAUAAUAAGUUCUCAAUCUGGUGAUCUUCCCCAAAACUCCAAAUCCGAUUGCAUAAGGAGGAGAAGUAUAUCAAAAUCUACCUCUCAAUCUCCACAAAAUCCUCCUGGCAGUGAUUAUACCAUUACAGAGUAUAAACUUACCGAUACCAGUGGUCAAAAUAGGGAGACAAGAAUAUCGAGAGUUACCUACAACGGUAAGCCCACUGAUAUUGAUCCUACUAAGCACGGUCCAGCUUCUCAAAUAAGGCUAUACUCAUAUCCUGGCAGUGGAAAUGUACCUCUUAUGCUUGAGUUCAAGCUUUCCGGUAGUGGUACAUCUGCCUGGUUUUAUAGUACAGGUACAAGUGGUAAAAACUGGAGAGAAGCUGGUAAUGGAGACAGCUUCUAUGAGAAAGAUGGUAUUCAUCAGCCUACUGUACAACUUUCCGAGCAACUUGACAAGGUACUAUGCUAUUACUAUAGUAAUGUGACCCUAAAUCUGACUAAAAGUCAUUCUGAGGAACUUUAUCAAAAUCUUGAAAAGGGUAGAAAAAAUAGAUAUUGUUGUAACGAUCAUAAAGAUGUGGAGAAGGUCUCCAUUGAGAAAAAGACAGUUUCUUGCAUACAUCAAAGCACCAAGUACUACAAACACUCCAUUGAAGGCAGUGAUUCGAGUCUGGGUGGUAUCUACUAUAAUGAUAAUAGAGGUCAAAGGAGGAAUAUAAAAUUACACGGAUCACCAUUUCCAAUAUCAGGUAUACAAACUGUAUACACGUUUUACUGUGAAGACAAGGACCCAUUAUUGAUAUAUCUCUGUGGAACAUCUCCAUAUAGAGGUUGGUAUAAGAGAGGAAGUUCCAACAAUGAUCCUUGGAAAUGGAUAUACACUGGUAUAAAACCAGAGUAUUUAGAGAAAAAUGGACUUGAAUGUAAAGACUGGAUGAAACUAAGGAUAGUAUUGGAUGAUUGCGGUUGUAAAGGAUUACAAGAAUGUCCUGUGGAAACAGUUCAACUUGAUAAAGGAAAACUAAGGCAAGAAAUCCGAGAGGAAGCUGAAAAAGCGGAAGCACUACGAAAUCAGGAAAUAUCUGAGGAUGAAAAACAAAAGCAACAAUCUGCUGUACAAGGAAGUCCUGGCGAUAGAGAACCAAACUCUAACUCUCAUGAACAAAAGAAUAAUAUUGUAACAAAACCUACUCUCCAAUAUCUUGUACCUCAAAAAUCUGCUAUUAAUCAACCUUACCUAGCUACUACUAAGGAUCAGGGUGGGACUGAUAUGUCCGGAGGUGCUAGAGGACUUACCGGUAAAGAUGGUACUCAAGAACACCCUGAAGCUAAAGCUGAAACAGCUAAUGGAAUAUCUGAUGAUCCUACUAAACUUUCUGCUCUAACUGAACCUCAACCUGGUCCUGGAGGAGAUGAAAAUACUACUACUCUUCCUCAAGAUGUUCAAGCUGAAGUUAAAGCUGCUAGACUUUCUGGACAUCCUGGUCCACCUGGUAAAGUUAGUGAUAAAGGUGAACUUGUUCCUCCUGCUGAAAGGGGUAAAGAUGGAGUUGGAGUACUCUCUGGUGGAAAAAUGUCUCAUAGUACUAGAAGAAAUGGAGAUGCUAGUUUUCUAACAUUUAGUUCUAUAGUUCAAGAGUUUGGAAAUAUUCUUAAAACAGCUGUUACUCUACUUAAAACCUCUACUCAACAAUCUGAUGAAGGCUCAUCUCCGGUACUAGGUGCUGUUGGAGGUAAUGGACCUCAAGGACCUGCUGGUAAAGCUGAUGGAGUCUCCGGUGAUAAAGGAGAUGUUACUCCUACUCGAACUUCUACUUCUGAAGCUAAAACUUCUAACUCUAUCUCUCCAUCUCUUAAAGCACAAGAUGCCGAUGAUGUUCCAUCUUCUGUAGGUACUCAAUAUAAUGCCGCUGACCAACCUAACAUAGCUGCUACCAAUGAUAAUAAAGUUGAAGACACUCAGCCUGGUGAUGUUGGUAGUAGAGGACCAAGCCCUGGUACUAGUCUACCUAGUAGUGUAUCUAAUGGUGGAGAAUCUCCUCCUACUGGUACUACUCAAGCUCCUUCUACUACUGCUACUACUUCUGCUCCUGCCGAUUCUCCUCCUAAAGAAUCUGAAGCUGCUGAAGCUCUUGCUGCUGAAUCCGCUGGUUUUACUGUUCUCACCGGAUUAGGCUCUACCUCUGGUACUCUUGCCGGAAGUACUGCAACAUUCUUUGGAGGAUGGAACCUUUAUAAACACUACCUAGACACAUGUAUUCAAUAG